AGCUGACCAGAGCGGACGAGUCCUCUGAUCUCUCGAUCUCCACUCAACUGCCGGAGGCUUGGGCUUCAUCAACUCAACAGGCAACAUACACCUCAUCUCAUCGCUUCCUGCUAAAUCUACGCACCUCCUGCCUUGUCGUCGCUUUCUUUUGCAGGAAACAUUUUCUUUUUGGAGAUUCAAUGGAGGGUAGCGAUGAGGAAAUGAAAAAUAACGAUGGGAAAGCACAUGCUGCCACCAAAAUGGAGCCAUUUGUAACAUUUGAUUUUCCCAAAGUAGAAAAAGUGGAGCCAUUUGCGAAAGCAGAGCCACCCGACCUUCCCAGAAUGGAAAACUCGGAGAGAUUAGGGAAAACAGAGACGCUAGAUUCUCCCAAGACAGAAACAAAAAAUCUUUCUGAAGAUUUUUCCAAAGCUGAAACGGUGAAGCAGUUUGGCCUUCCACUGACUGGAUCGACGUUUGGAGAUGAGAAGAGAGAGAGUUUGGCGCUGCAAUUGAGAUGGAUAAGAGAUUUCAUCAGGCUGCUGUUGAGCUAUCCCAUGAGAACGAUGCAUGAUAGCAAACUCAAGGCCUGGAUUCGCGAAGCUUCAAAUACGAAGAGACAUUCUCUCGAAGAUUUGAAUCGCCUUCUUAGUCAAAAUCCCCUUGCUUGCUUCCAAGGCCUUUUACCAUUCUACAUAUUGGAGAGCGUGGAAAGAGGUCGGAAUCCCAUACAUACUGUUAUCACUAAUUCCAUCGGGACACCAGAAGACAUUCUCACUUUAUCUGCCAAUCUUGCUGUGAAUCAACUGGUUCAAACUUUACUGUCUCAGGAUGAUCCCGCACACGACAUUCACCAUGUCUUGUUCUCUACUAGAGAUGCAGAUGAAAAAAGACUAGUCGCCGAAAAGAUAGAAUCAGCCUUGAACGACCAAAACAUUAUGCAUCGCCUACAUGAGACCUUCUCUCGAGUCUUAUUCAUCGACGCCUCAGAUUACUUAAGUCAGGAUGCGGCGGAGGUCCAUGUUCGACGACAGAUAGCUCAACAACUUCAUCUUCCAAUAAUAGAUGGCAAUGACGAUUUGCUGAUAACAAGUAUUGAAAAAGAGAUGUCAAGAUAAAAGUACUUAGUGCUUCUGGUGGAUGGAGUCGCCGAAGAGCCUUCAGAUCCACGGAAAGUGGGUUUUCCCAAAGAAGAACUUGCGGGAGUUGUGGUGUGCAUUACCAGUAAAUCUUCGAAGAAGGCUAAUAGUGAAUUAACAAUGGCACAAGAUUUGAAUAUCAACACAGAGGAUCACCUGUUGCCAUGGGAGGUUUUCUGCCGAAAUAUUGGCACUCCGAUUUUAGAAUCGUCUUAUUCCAAGAGAUCAAUGGCCGCGAGUAUAGUUAAAGAUUGCGGUGGCCAUCUUCUUGCCGGAGUCAUUGUAGCAAAGUCACUGAGGAACGCAAAUUAUGUUGAAGAUUGGGAACGUGCUCUGCACAAAUUGUGUUCGCUCCAUCCUUCCUACGACGUUGGCAUGUUUCAAGACCAGAGCAGUGUCAUGCUUAAAGCAUUCAUAAACUUCAUCUGGCAUGAUUUAAGCAAGACAAAAAAGUAUUGUCUUACAUCAUGUUUAUUCAUUUCUAAAUUUGGGAAGCCUGAAAAUGAGUUGAUCAAUGAUUGGAUUUCUUCUCGAUUAGUGGUUGCUGGAGAAGCAGAGCAUAAUUUGAGAGCGCUUGUGGACUGUUUUGCCUUGUUGCAAUUAGAGGACACCAAGUCAAGGUAUAUUCAAAUUCCACAAGACACACAUGCUAUCUUGCAACUAUUAAACACUCAGAAUCCUUUGUUCAUGAAAAAAUCUGAGUUCGGGUUGGUUGAACCACAAAAUGGUGAGCUAUGGCAUAGUGCUAUAUAUAUUGAUUUGGCGGACAAUAAGUUGGCUGAGCUACCUUUGUCCCCGAAUUGUCAUGAACUCAAAGUGUUAAAGCUGAACAACAAUGCUGACUUGACAAAAAUCCCACCCCUUUUCUUCUUCAAAAUGCCCCUACUUUGCAUCUUGGAUCUGUCCUACUCUAGUGUGAGAGAAUUACCGAACUCUUUUUUUGAGUUGGAGCAACUUAGAGAACUCUACAUGAAAGGUUGUGAACGCUUCAUGAAACUAUCCUCAGAGGUUGGAAAAUUGAAGAACCUUGAAAGCCUUGAUCUUGACAAGACUCAGAUCAUACAUCUCCCACAAGAGAUCCAAGAGUUGACCAAUCUCCAAAGUUUGAUUCUUUGUUUUUAUGAGUACCAUGGCAAGAAAAGCAUGCAAUAUACGAGUUCAACAAUUAUUCCUUCUGGGGUGAUUUCAAAACUUAAAGGGUUAAAACAUUUAAGCAUUGAUGUGAACCCUGAUGAUGAGCGAUGGCAAGAGAAUUUACAAGUCAUUUUACCAGAAGUCUCGGUAUUAGAGUGCUUGCAAACCGUUAAUUUGUACAUUCCAGAACUUGAACUGUUGAAUCUCAUCCCUGCUCGCAUUUUUAAGCUUGAUUUCAGAUUCAUUGUUGGCAAACAUAUGUCACGGAUCAUUUCAAGUACACUACCCACAAUUGAAGAAAAAUUUAAACGAAGUGAGUGUAGCUUGAAGUUUGUGAAAGGUGUUGAUGUCCCCUAUGAAAUAACAAGUGCUAUUAGACAUAGCAAAGCUUUGUUUUUAGAUCGACACUUGUCUAUCAAGGAUCUCUCAAUGUUUGGCAGGAUGAAUAUAGAGCAAUUACAAGUUUGUAUGCUGGCUGAAUGUAAAGAGAUGCGAACGAUUGUUGAUGUAAGAUGGUCUACUGUAUUUGAGGAUAUAUUUCCCCGUUUGUUGGUGUUGAGUGUAUCGUACAUGAAGAAUCUGAGGAGCAUUUGUGAAGGACGAGUUCAUUCCAAGCACUGCUUUGGUAUGUUGAAGACCUUAGAAUUGUACAAUUGUCCAAAGUUAACAACUGUUUUCACCUUGGAUUUUCUGGGCAACCUUUCACUCUUGAAGGUUCUUCUACUCAAAGAUUGUCCAAAAAUAAGCGCUUUGAUAUCUUGCGGAUCAUUUGAACUGAGAGUUGGUACUUUCCUCCCUAAAUUAAGAACAAUGACACUUCUCCAUCUUCCUGAACUGAUCAGCAUUUCCAAUGGAUUACACAUGGGCCCAUGUUUGGAAAACAUAGGAGUCUAUGAUUGUCCAAAACUUCAGACUCUUUCGAAAAUGGAAUUGUCAAGUCAAAAUUUGAAAGUCAUCAACGGAGAAACCAUGUGGUGGGAGGCAUUAACAUGGAGUGACGCAGAAUGGGGAAUAGUUGGCCGGCCAUCUAUUUUUGAUUGCAUCUUUUCUCCAAUAGAUAAACAGGCUGACAUUAUGAGUCAACUGAAGUUGGAUGAUGAUAUUGAUGACAGUCCAGCGGACCAGCCAUUGCAGUGUUCCAUUGGCAAGAUCCCUGAGGACACGAGUCGUCGUAUCACAACGACAGGCGGGGCAGUGUGUGAGCCAUUACAGCCUUCUAGUGUCAAGGUCUCCAAGUACGGGAAGAGAAAGAACAAGGAGAAAACGACAAUGAUAACCAAGUCUCUUGACGAUGGAUACUUUUGGAGAAAAUAUGGUCAGAAAUUAGUUCGUAAUUCCAAAUUUCCAAGAAAGUAUCUCAUGUGCACUCAUAGAUGUGAUGAGGGUUGUCAAGCUACCAGACAAGUGCAGAGAAUUGACGACAAGCCUCACCUUUACAGUAUCACUUAUUCUGGGAAACACACUUGCACACAAGCCUCCGGUGUAACAAAUUCCUCCAUGAAUAAUCAGGUUGACGUGAUGACUCAACUUGGGGUAGAUGACACUGACGACAGUCCCGACGGGGGAAUAGUGGAUGAGCCAUUACGACCUUCCAAUGACGAGGUCUUCAAGGACAAAAUGCAUUAUUGGAAGAGAGAAGUCACUUCUAGAUGGACAAAGCAAUCCAAGUCUCUUGACGAUGGAUACAGUUGGAGGAAAUAUGGCCAGAAAGGCUUUCUUGGAGCCAAAUUUCCAAGAGGAUACUACAGAUGCACUCACAAGGGUUGCCUAGCUUCCAAAGAGGUGCAGAGAGAUGACGAGGAGCCUUUCCUUUACAAUAUCACCUAUCGUGGCCGUCACACUUGCAGACAAACCUCUAGUGCAACAAAUUCCUCCAUGAAUAAUCAGGCUGACUUAAAGACACAACACGGGGUAGAUGAUAAUGACGACUUUGAUCCGGAAUCUUUGCGAGGAGUUUGAUGACUUUCAGAGUCAAAAAAGUGGAGGAUAACGAAAAUGUGGCGGCUGCUGACCCGAGAAUUUGGGGCAACACAUAAAGUAAAAAGCACAUUUAAAAAUGAUAAGGAAAAACUCAGCUAUUUCUCGAAUAGGGUUUGGUUCCCUUUUUUUUUUUUUUAAUAACAAAGAUUUGGAUAUAAUCAUAACUUUGGCGAAGUAAAUUGGUUUGU